UAAGUUGGAUUUAGUGUUAUCACUCGUCAUGUCAUAUAAUUCAGGUCCUGCAAAUAGAUUCUCAGAAUGAGGUUUAGAGGGAAAAUCGUCGACAUUGGCUGUAUUCAACAUUUUACAAGAAUAGUAGGGACAUUGUCCAAGCUGAUCAGAACCUGUGUGCUGCGAAUAACAUCUGGAAACUGGUACUUCAUUUUGUCUGAGCGAGCUGUGAAUGGAGGAAUACAGAUUUGGAGUGAACUUCCUCAGGGACAUUUUUUUGACGAAUAUGCAAUGGAAGGUGUUUCUGAGGAAGAUAAUGAAAUUUUCUUGGAGCUUGCCCCAGAGAACUUGAUGAAGGCUCUAAAGACAGCGCAGAGUGCUAAGUGGCUAAAGAUCAAGCUAACAAAGAAACACACUCCAUGUCUGACAGUGGAGGUUGACCUACCUACCCUGAGUGCCCACUCUCGUACUGUAGUGCAUGACAUCCCGGUCACAGUCAUACCACGCCGCCUCUGGACAGACUUUGAGGAGCCCGAACUUCCACACUUUGAUGUUAGUAUUGUGUCUGAUAAGUCAGGUACUGACCCAAUGAUGAACCCAUCUCAGGACGAUAGGGAUCCUCACACAUUCUUUAAGACAAGGAUUGAUAUUCGGAAGUUAUCACAGCUCCUUGCCAGUCAACAGUUCAAUCCCACACGAGUGAUCUGUAAUGUUGUAAACAACAGGACAGUUCACUUUCUUCUUCUCCAGGAUGGUGUGUCUCUCCAGUACUUCAUGCCUGUCAUAGCCUCGUAAUAUUCCAACCAGCAAUACAUCUGCAUCAUGUAGUCCUUCAGAAUCGUGUGUCUCACAAGUAGACACAAAUGUCUGUGAUAGCCUAAUGAUCUUCAUACAAACAAUACACCACAAUACAUCUGUACCAUGUACUCCUUCAGAAUGAUCUGUUUCUCCAGUACAUCAUGUCAGUCAUAGCCUCGUGACAGUCAUACCAGCAGUACAUAUGUACCAUGUACUCCUUCAGAAAGAUGUGUUUCUUUAGUACAUCAUGUCAGUCAUAGCCUCGUGACAGUCAUACCAGCAAUACAUCUGUACCCUGUACUCCUUCAGAAUGAUGUGUUUCUCCAGUACAUCAUGUCAGUCAUAGCCUUGUGACAGUCAUACCAGCAAUACAUCUGUACCACAUAUUUCUCUCAUUGACCUUUUUUCAACAGAUAUUUCUGAAAAUUUGUGCUAAUGUUUGC